AGCGAAAAUUCUUGACAAAUUGCCAACAUCGCUCGAUGUUGUCAGAACAUCUCGAACGUCUUUUUGUUUUUGCCUUUACCUUCAAAACCAGUUGGCCUUAAAACUGAGAGAGGGCUCUCAAGUGUGGCCAAGUGUCAACUUACUGCCGCGUUUCUUUUUUCCCGGAAAGUUUUUUGGUCUCAACCUUCCUCAUGCCGGUGUUCAAACAAUGGUUGUUGUCCCGAAAGUGUCAUGAUCUGCCGUGCGAAGAAGACUUUGAAAUGCACGAAGAACACACAGUGGAUCUGAGAAAAGGGCAGGUUUUGUGCCGGGCUCUCUUUAUGUCUGUGGAUCCGAUUGUCAGAUUAUACAUGGCCUAUGGCAUGAGGCCUGGAGACCUUGUGCCUGGACGUCAGGUGGCCAGAAUAGUCGAGAGUCGAAACAAAGAGUUCCCAAAGGGCAAGUUAGUUUUUGGCAACUUGGGCUGGCAAACAUACUCAAUUGUCGACCCGGACUCCACUUUUGAAAUGAGUGGACUGGAGCUGCCCAUCGUGGAGAAUCUGCCUAGACAAUUGGACAAUUCUGGUCUCCCCAAGUCUGCUUGUCUGGGGGUCCUAGGCAUUCCCGGAUUGAUAGCUUAUAUGGCUUUGUUUUACGCCUGCAAAGUUCGAGGCGGUGAAACAAUUGUCAUAUCCUCAGCGGCGGGUCAAGUGGGACACAUCAUGGGUCAAAUUGCCAAAUAUCUCGGUCUCAAAGUAAUUGGUUACACGGGUAACUCUGACAAAGUAUCAUGGAUCAAGACUGACUUAGGGUUCGAUUGGGCGUUUAACUACAAAACCCAAGAUUUACGGUCUACCCUGAAAAUUGCCGCUCCCGCGGGGGUGGAUAUCUUCAUAGAUUCUGUGGGUGGUGUAUUUCACAAUGUUGUCUUAGAAAGUAUGGCUCAAAACGGCCGUGUGUGCAUUUUGGGGAACCUGGCUUCCUACAAUAAUCCUAAGGUUGUUCCCAUGGUCCCUGCCGUCGACAUGGCGAUUGCACUCAAGGAGCUUCGGAUAUUUGGCUUCAACGUCUUCAGACAUUUUGAUCGAAAAGAAGAGGCCUUGGACCAGCUUUUGGAUUGGUGUAAAGAUGGUAUCGUUCAACCUUUCGAGGAAACCGUGGAAGGAUUUGAAAAUCUGGCCAAAGCUUUCGUGAACCAAAUGGAGGGAAAGUCACAAGGAAAAGUCAUAGUGCGAGUCUAGGUAGAACUUUAUCAGUAACAUCAUCAAUCGAAUUGUGGGAAAUAUAUCAUUAUGCGUCACAGUUGA